AUGUUGAAGGUGGCGAAUACUUUGAGAUUAAUCUCAAGACAGGGCAAUCAGGUGCGUUUAUUGGCGACAGCCGCUGGUUACAAAGAGGCGUUAGUUAACGUUCCACCAACAAAACUCUCAGUGUUAGAUAAUGGAAUCCGCGUUGCGUCUGAAGAUUCCGGUGCUGCGACCGCCACCGUAGGACUGUGGAUUGACGCCGGAUCCAGGUAUGAACACUACAGAAACAAUGGAGUUGCCCAUUUCCUUGAACACAUGGCGUUCAAAGGUACAAGCAAGAGGUCGCAAACCGACUUAGAACUUCUCGUAGAAAACAUGGGUGCCCAUUUGAAUGCUUAUACGUCUCGGGAACAGACCGUGUUCUACGCUAAGUGCCUAGCUAAUGACGUACCAGUCGCCGUAGAGAUCCUUGCUGAUAUCAUUCAGAACUCGUCGCUCGCAGAACCCGAAAUCGAACGAGAAAGAGGUGUUAUUCUGCGCGAAAUGCAAGAUGUCGAAAGUAACCUGCAAGAAGUUGUUUUCGAUCAUCUCCAUGCUUGUGCUUUCCAAGGUACACCUCUAGGCCAGACCAUCCUUGGACCCACCAGGAACAUUAAGAAGAUCUCCAAAUCUGACCUUCAAAACUACAUUAAGACUCACUACCAGCCUGCCCGCAUUGUUCUUGCUGGAGCUGGCGGUGUUGACCACCAGAAAUUGGUUGACCUUGCCAACAAGAACUUCAGUGGAUUGAAAAACACUGUGACUGAUGUCGAAGUGACACCAUGCCGUUACACUGGCUCUGAGGUCAGGGUACGUGAUGAUUCCAUGCCUCUGGCCCAUGUUGCUAUUGCUGUUGAGGGUGCCGGCUGGACCGAUGCUGACAACAUUCCGCUGAUGGUGGCCAACACUUUGAUCGGCGCUUGGGAUCGCUCUCAGGGUGGUGGUGUCAACAAUGCCUCCUUCCUGGCUCGUGCUGCUUCCUCUGGCAACCUGUGCCACAGCUUCCAGUCCUUCAACACAUGCUACAAAGACACUGGACUUUGGGGCAUUUAUUUUGUUGCUGAACCUAUGCAGUUAGAAGAUAUGGUGUACAAUAUCCAGAAGGAAUGGAUGAAGCUCUGCACCUCUGUUACCGAGGGUGAGGUAGAGCGUGCCAGGAACCUUCUGAAAACUAACAUGCUUCUCCAGUUGGAUGGUACCACCCCAGUGUGUGAAGACAUUGGUCGCCAAAUGUUGUGCUACAACCGCCGCAUCCCCAUCCAUGAGCUGGAUGCCCGCAUCGAUGCUGUGUCUGUACAGAAUGUGCGUGAUGUGUGCUACAAGUAUUUGUAUGACCGCUGCCCAGCAGUUGCCGCCGUCGGACCCACUGAAGGUCUGCCAGACUACACUAGGAUCCGCGCUGGAAUGUACUGGCUUAGGGUGUAA